CAUACUAUCUCUUUCUUAUUUCUACAAUAAUGAGUUUAAGCAACUUCAAAAAUUUGAUCUCAUUUUUCAACUUCAUCACAUUAUUAGUAUUACUAUGUUGUUCUUCAUUCACCACAUCAUCAUCACAACAAUUCAUCAAAGACAAUCAAACUCUAAGCUCAAAUAGUGGAAAUUUCACCUUAGGAUUCUUCACCCCUCAAAACUCCACAAAUCGUUAUGUAGGAAUUUGGUGCAAAACUCAAGACUUUGUUAUAUGGGUUGCUAACAGAAACCAACCUUUGAUCAAUGAUUCCUCUGGAGUUCUCACAAUAUCAAAUGAUGGCAAUCUUGUUGUAUUGAAUGGACAGAAACAUGUUAUUUGGUCAUCAAGUUUGACCAAUGUUACAUCAAAAACCAAUUCUAGUUUCACACUUUCAGAUUAUGGAAGCCUUAUUUUGAAGGAAACAACAACAGGAAAUACUAUAUGGGAGAGUUUUCAACAGCCUUCUAAUUAGACAUGGCAAUAAAACCCAGACCCACGGGUACCCACCCGAACCCGCCCCAAAGUUGACGGGGAAAACCCGUUUUGACUGGAUUUGGGUUCGGGUUUGGGUUUUCCCUGAAUAGAAAACAUGGGGAUGGGUCGGGUAAUGGGGACACUAGUACCCACCCCGAACCCGCCCCGUUUAUUUCAAUAUGUACAUUAUUAUUUAAAUUUCAUAAUUUAUAUUAUUAAAUAUGUGGCUAAUGUUUUAAUAAUUUGAUUUGUAUUUAUUAUUUUAAAUAUUUGAAAUAUAUGUAUAAAAUUUUUUGAGAUUGUUUUAUUUUGUUAUUUAUAAUGUAAUUUGAUAUAUGAAAAAGUAAAUAUUUUUAUUAAAAAAAUUGAUUUUACG